AACAAAACACCUUCGGACCAGGCGCGUCCGUGCACCGCGAGCCGCUACCGACAACGACGGCGGUGCGAGAAGCGAGGAUGGGGUCCCGGAUCAAAGAGAACCCCGAGUCCACUUUUGAGGUGUAUCUGGAGGUAGCACAUCCAGGCACACACAGCUCUGGGCCGGAGGUGCGGAGACAAUAUCCUGAAGACUACACAGACAAGGAGACUCUUCAGACUGUGCCCAAAUUCUGCUUCCCCUUCAACAUGGACAGUCUGACAGUCAACCAAGUAGGCCAGAACUUCACAUUUGUGUUGACCGACAUCGAGAGCAAACAGAGAUUCGGCUUCUGUCGCCUCUCCUCGGGUGCCCACACCUGCUACUGCAUUCUCAGCUACCUGCCCUGGUUCGAAGUCUUCUACAAACUGCUUAAUAUCCUUGCAGAUUACACCAUCAAAGGCCAGGAAAGCCAAUGGCAGGAGUUCCUGGUGUCCCUGCACACGCUCCCCAUCCCCGAGCCCGGGGUCCCCGUUCAUCUCGGUGUGCAUUCCUUCUUCACUGUGCCUGACAUAAGGGAACUCCCCAGCAUACCUGAGAAUAGAAACCUAACAGAGUACUUUGUAGCAGUAGAUGUCAAUAACAUGCUUCAUCUGUACGCUAGUAUGCUUUAUGAACGUCGAGUCCUCAUCUGCUGUAGCAAGCUAAGCACUUUAACAGCUUGUGUCCAUGGGUCUACAGCCAUGUUGUAUCCAAUGCACUGGCAACAUGUUUACAUUCCUGUCCUGCCUCAACAUCUAUUGGACUACUGCUGUGCCCCAAUGCCCUACCUCAUCGGAGUACAUUCCAGUCUCAUGGAGAAAGUACGAGGGAUGGCUCUGGAUGACGUGGUGGUCCUGAACGUGGACACAAACACCCUGGAAACGCCCUACGAUGACCUCCAAAGUCUGCCCAACGAUGUGGUCUCAUCUCUAAAGAACCGUUUGAGGAAGGUUUCCACAACGACCGGGGACGGUGUGGCCCGAGCCUUCCUCAGGAGUCAGGCGGCUCUGUUCGGCAGCUACAGAAACGCUCUGCAGAUUGAGUCGGGAGAGCCGAUAACAUUUAAUGAGGAAACCUUCGUGAGCCAUCGUUCCAGUUCCAUGAGGCAGUUCCACCAGAACGCCAUCCAGCUGCAGCUCUUCAAACAGUUCAUUGACGGCCGGUUGGACCUGUUGAACUCAGGAGAGGGUUUCAGUGACAUCUUUGAGGAGGAGAUCAACAUGGGCGAAUAUGCAGGCAGUGACAAGACCUACCACCAGUGGCUGUUCACUGUGAAGAAAGGAGGCGGGGCUAUCUUCAACACAGUGAAGACCAAAGCAAACCCAGCCAUGAAGACCGUUUACAAGUUUGCAAAGGACCAUGCCAGAAUGCGUAUCAAGGAAGUCAAGAGCCGACUUAAACAGAAGGAGCAGGCAGAAAAUGGCUUCUCCACAGCAGGGUCAGCGGUCAUUGAUGAAGACAGCACAGCAGGGUUCACCUCCUCCACCGGUGCAGUUAGGAGGGAGGGGCCACUGCGAACCUUGGACGACAGGCCAAUCACUGUGCAUUUUGGACAGGUUCGGCCACCAGUGCUGUUGAAGAGACCAAGCAGCAAUGUGAGUCUGGAAAGCAGCGUUGACCAGCCACAGCCGUACCGCUCCCUGAAGGAGGCCGAGUUGAUAGAAGGGGACGAUCCUGGUUUCGGGGCAGAGAGUCACACUGCCCCUCCCAGCCCGGUAAACGAGAAGUUCUCCAACGUCAACCUGCUGGGAGAUAUCUUCGGCUGCCAGGACGAACCUGACAGCCAACCAAUCACCUUGGCCAAAAGUCUCGAAGAUCUGAGGACUCCCAAAGACACUGAGGAUCUACAAGCCAAGUUCACCUACCAGCGGAUGGACCUGAAUGUCGGUGAAUACUCGCGAACGCUUCCGGGCCUCAAGCUCCCCAACCCGUACAACAAGCUGUGGAGCGUAGGGCAGGACGACGCAGCCUUACCCGUUUAUGUGCCUCCCGCCUGCGACAGACCUGCGCCUGGCCAACCUCCCGCGCCGAUAGAAGCCCACUCUCCGAGCCGCGAGAGCUCUGGCCCGGGCCCAGAUGCUUUGGACCCUUCCGCCCACGGUUACAUCACCAUUCCACGUCCCCAGGGAAGGAAGACGCCCGAGCUCGGCCAUGUGCUAGCACCCCCCGCCGCCCAGCUGCGCUCUAAACCGGCGGGAGCUGGCGAAGGAGGGACUACGUCAGGGGGCCAAGAGUUUAGGCAAGCCCUGAGCAUGACCACGGAUGGAGACCUGAUGAAGCCCACCAAGGCCGCUGAGGACAGUAUGGAUCUGAUAAGCCUUCUAGACCCCCUUAACAGCUCAGCACCCUCCAGUUCGUUGAGCGACGGGGUAGACGUUGGCGCGUCUUCAUCGUGCUGCAAACCAACACUACCACCCAGGUCCUACCCACAGGGCUUGCCUCCUUUCCCACUGCAUCCUCACAUAUCACUCAACCCUUUUGCCCAGUCUCUGCAGCACAACUCCCCUCACAUGCGUUACUCACCGACUGUAGGUGGGAAUCCCUUCAGCGUGGUCUACGGGCCUCCAGCGGGCUCUUACUCACAUGCUCCGGCCCAGCCACAGUCCUUUUCUACACUACCGGGGCUCUACAGACAACAUUCGCCCGGCAGCUCUACUCUGCCGCCCAGCUAUGGACUGGUACAGUCAGCAUUCCCCUCCUCGCUCACCUCCCUGCCUCAUGUCUCGGCCAGCAAUCACGCCGUCUCCAGUCUCUUGGACUCCACUUCUGUCCCCAGCACGACCGCGAACACACUGAUAAAGCCGCUUCGUGCUGAGGGAGACAGCCAGAAGACUCAGGAUCCUUUUGGGGAUCUGCUGACUAUGGCCAAGCCAGCUACACCCCCAAAAAAGAAGGUGGAGGACCUUCGGAGGAGGUGGGAAACAUUUGACUAAAACCUGUGAAUAUGUACUGAGGUGCCCCUUUCUGUCACUACCCAAACUCCCCACACGACUGUGUCAGGACCUUUUAUUGCAUUUAAUGGCGCGUUAGCUCUAAUACAUGCUACUCUGCUUAUGCAACUCACAAACGUAGAAAAAUAAAAACCUUAAACUUAAAGUUAGUUAGUAAACAUUAGGUUAUUAGUCUACAUUAUUCCCCCUGCACAUUAAAGUUAAUACAAGGAACUUUUAACUGGUUAGGUAACGGUCUCAAUGUAAUAUCCCUAUAUGACUUUCUUAAGUAAACAAGGCCAUCAGCAAGAAGAUUAGUCAUUUCUAUAUAGUUAUAACGCGACAUCAGACGAAACGUUGAAGGAAGUUCACCAGAAACCCCUUCAGCUCUGACUCCAGCGGGACCGCCGUCAGCAGCUUUGCCUCGCAGCUCCGCCGGCCCCCUCUGAUCCAGAUGGGUGCGGCCAAAGAAGAGGUUGUGGUUGGGAGGAUAUAUCGCACGAUAGGAUGAGCUGUCUGCAACUUAAGCUGUAGGUUUGUGUCCGCCGGCGGCUGCAGGACCUGAUGAUCACCGCCCCGCUUCCUGGGAGACGGCACAGGCACCACGCUGCUGGAGGUCCAGGCCACAUUGAUGGGCCCACUGGAGGGAAGGGAGGCACGGGGGGGGGACCGGAACCGGGAUUGAGCGGGGCACACCGUCAGCCCCUGUUGCAGAAAAUGAGAGGUUUUCCUAAGGGACCCUGGUAGCUGCAGGUUUUUACGACACCCGGUGGUGGCGGUCAUGGAAACCACUUUUGUCCACAGGGGGCGCCAAAAUCAACACAAAGUGAAAGUUCCUUGUAGUAACAUUAAAGGUGCUUUGUUGGCUGACUUCUUUAUUGAAACAAUAAUGAAUCCUCUCAGCCCACAGUUUGUAUGGCUGCGCUGUUAGUUCAUUUUCACUUUCCAUUACCACCAGUAUUAACCAGGAUAAAAGCAGUUGUCCGUUUCAUUCAUUCAUGUUUUUUUUCUCGUUUAGUUUGUUGUGCAUGUGGCGUACAGCUGAGCAGCAAUUCAGAGACGAUGCAUCAUUUACUGCAACACAAGGUCCUGAUCCAGUAUGUAGGAAUGUUCAUGUAUUACCUUACACACUCACACACACACUCACACACACACACACACACACACACACACACACACACACACACACACACACACACACACCUGCCCUCCCCACUAUGAUCAGCUGUGAUGCUGACCAAUGACAAACCCACAGCCCACAACACUUGAGCUCCCCUGUAGUUGUCUAAGGAUUGCCUACGUUUUUUUUGUUGUUUUGAUUUUCUUUCCCGCCAUUCUACCCAGAAAUUUGUGCUUGAACGCCCGCCUUGCUUCGAGAUAUUCAGAUGCCAACGGCCCAUCGCCACUCAUUAACAAAUUCUUCACAAAAUCCUCAGCCUCUAGGGUCACCUGUCUUUUAAUGCCGCCACGUUAGCGUAGUGCUGCUCAGCGUAGAUCGGUGUAGAUUUGUGACUUAAAAAUAGCGCAGUUGUUUCCUGAUAGAGGUGUUUGUCACACUUGCAGCAGCAGAUGUCUUAAUGAUGUGGACUUCUACAAUAAGCUAGUAGCUAUGGAUCAGAUGAGAAUACCCUAAUGGUACUGUGGCUACAAAGUGUGGUGCACCUCCAUCAUGCAGUCAGUUCAACUGUCAAUGUUUUUGGUAGCUUCAUGCACAGUAUUCUGGUUUUGUUUUGGCCUUCUUGAUGAAUCCUUGUGAACAUGUGUUGCCUCCUGCUGUUUUUUUCUUUUUUUUAAAGAACCUUUUUAAGAGAACGCGCAAGCUUAAUAUGCCUGUGUGUAAUAACACUGCAUUAUGUAAUAACUAAACAAAAUGUAAUACAUUUGCAAUUCACUAUGUAAUAACCACAUUUUGUACUAGGCUGAUGCAUUUGUAAUAAAUAGCUUGAAUGCAAUAUUUAAUUAUUUUCCCCACAUUUUGCAAGAAAUUAAACCAUAUCGCAAUGUUUUUUCAUAAUGUGUUAUUUGCAAUUGUUUUAAUGAAAUGUAAUGACAUGCAUUAUUUAAUAACAACAAAAAAAGAUGUCUUCAUCUCGAUGUAGUUUUGGCCAAUGAAAGAUAAUCUACUGAAUUCAUUUUUUUUUUUUUAAAACUGAUCUAUGCGUGAAAGCAUGACUGUUAUAAUGUUUUUUUUGUACGAAGACGUCCAUAAUGCAUGUGUUAUUACAUUUUCGACUGUUUAUAACACAUUGCGGGUUUUAUUACAUAACGAAGGGAAAAUCUAUUGAUUUUUUUUUUCUUUAGUUAUUACAUAAUGUGUUGCAGUCCCUAAAAUUUUAAACAUUCAUGUCUUAUUAAAUAUAUAUGUGGACUUUUAAAAGCCUUAUUGUAUAUUCUGUUGUUUUAAAGGGUUCCUAUCGCCAAUUCUGCUGCUGAUAUAUGUGCUGAAAUGAUUUCCUUCUGUUGUUUUUUUUUGGCCUUUGUCAUGUUUUACUUUGUGUUUGAUGACAGUGAUCGAGCUACUGAGUGACGGGCUGCUUACACAUUGUGAAGUCCAGCAUUGAGCACAGAGGACAGAGAUACUGGCUCUCCCAGUUUGGCCACUGGUUUCUGUCUGCCGGUCCGACUCCUCCGAUGACAGAAAUCGUGUGAGCGUUGCCCCUCGUCAGCCUUUUGCUGUUCUCCAGGCGAUCUCGGGGCGUUCAUGUGUGGUGAAUGCCAAAAAACAAGUCCAAAUCGCUUUAAAGUGCUGUAUAAGUCUAGUUGAUGUGUGUGUGUGUGAGUGUGUGUGUGAGUGUGUGUGUGUGUGUGUGUACAGAUGACACUUUAUUUGUUCUAAGACUGAUUAAAGACUGGUCUCCUAUUGCACUUAAAAUACAAAU